AUGGAAGAUCAAUAUGAAGAAGACAAAAUAGAAAAGGAAGCAACUCAACAGAAUAAACAAGAAAAAGAGGGGCAACAUUUGAAGGAGCAGAAAAAAAGACAAGCUCAGAAAAACAAGAAGAAGAAGGCCAAAGAAAAGAUUGAAUAUGCUCAGAAGGUAGACCAAACCUCAAAACAUGAUGAAAUCCUUACAAAUUCACCAGAUGUAGUUGCUCGACCCCAGAAAAACCAACAGACCCACACCAACCAAAAGAACAUAAUUUCUAAAACCAAACCUCAACCAAUACAAAAACAAACCAACAACCAAAACCAGCCUCCACAAAUACAAAAUACUUACACCAAACAAACUCUCUCCCAUCCUAACCCAAGCAAUUCUAAGCAAACCCAACAACACAGAACAGAGAAGUAUCAGUCUGAUGAUUCUAACCCUGAUGCCUCCACCGAAGAAGAGCAGGACACUGAGGAAGAAGAGAGUAGUGCAGAAGAUGAUUACGAAAGUGUCCAAAGUUCAGAUUCUGAGGAGGAAACAUAUGAUAAACCAACAAUUAACUUCAACCCCGCAUCAAACAUAGAAUUGGAUCAAGCUUUUGGAGAAAUAACAAAACACAUGAAUGUUUCUCCAAGAGGUCCCCAAUCCAACAGGGACGGUAGAGGUGGAGGCAGGAAAAGCCAACCUCAAACUACCAGAGCUCAAAGCAAAGAUCCAAAACCCAAACAUUCUCAAUGA